AUUAGCUACCCUAGCUGGUUUAUUUAUUUUGGGCUUUAAUUGUUCGAUUUAUUGGUUUUACUCGUGUUCAUUUAGCUCAAAUCUUAAAUGCACACAAAAUGUCAACGAUAAUUUCAUUUAAUAUUAAAGAACUAAGAAAGUUAUCAAAUGACAAGAACUCCUGUGUCGUUGAAAAGAAAGUAACCCAAAAUUUAGCGUUACAGCCGUGGUGUCUUGGAAACCCAAAAGAAUCUGUGAAAUCUCUUUUAGACUACAAAGUUGGAAAAUUUGAUAAGGAAUUUAAUGGCAUAUUGUUAAGUUACAAAAACCUUAGAUUACUGCAAAAUGUUGGAUCUAUUAGAAAUGAUAAUGCAGAUAUACACUUUCAAGUCCAAGCGGAUUAUUUCAUAUUUAGACCAUAUGUGGGGGCAACAUUAAAAGGGAUAGUCAAUAAAAAAAGCACAACACAUUUAGGAAUUCUUGUACACAGAGUAUUCAAUGUUGUUAUACCUCGGCCUACUGAAGAACCAGGAAGUAAAUGGAUUGGAGCAAGUAUUGAAGAAGGCCAAUUCGUUGUUUUUCGGAUUGUUGUCCUUGACUUGUUUGGAGCAUUGCCUUAUAUAAGAGGUGAAUUAGAUGAAAGGUGCUUAGAACAAAGUCCUGAUGAUACUGAAGAAGAUGUGGACUUAAAUCAAACAAUAAAUGUUUCAUAUAUCAAUUUUGACAAAACAAAGCCACACUUACAACAGCAAAAUGAGGAUGCUGUGGCAGAUUUUCAUAAGGCCAUUAAAUCAAAUACAUCACCUAAAAAUGAAAUGUGUGACGUAUCAUCUGACAAGCAACUCGAAAUUAUGUCGAAUUCAAUUUCUGUGAAUAGUGAUAAGGAAAAACCGAAAAAUAAAAGGAAAAGCAAAGACCCAUAUGGAGAAACAGAUGAAGUUGAUGGCAGAAGGAAAUUAAAAAAGCACAAAAAAAUAGCUUAAUAUAUUUGUAAAUAAGUUGCAAUAGUUACAUCAGUAUGUAAUUAAUUAUACAAAAUGAUUAUUAACAAGAAAUUAAAUUAUUUUUA